GACAGGACUAGAUCCAUCUUCUGCGAUUGUCAACUGUGCCUUAUCCGGAGCAAUGACGAUUUCUUAUGCUUGCUUGCAUUGUCUGUCUGUGAGGAGGCUCUGACAGUGAGAAAGAACAAGAAGAGAAGACAAGAAAGACCGGGCAGAACAACCUGCGAUAUGCCGACAUUGGAGAACCGAAACCAUGGGAAGUUAUCUUACAAGGAAAGAAUACCUGGGCAAAAAUCCUUGAAACUUCAAAACUAUAGGACACGCAGCUCAUCCGACCCUUUAAGAUGAUCAGCUGUCAGGAACAUACGGCUUGAUGGAAGGGAUGUCGCGGUGGUCCAUUGGUUCGGAGGUUUUGGCUUAGGUGGACAGAGUUCAACACAAUGCCGCUCUCGGGCAUUGUCUUGAAACGAUGGGACAAAGACUGCAUUCGUGGCUGGCUCGAGUCUCUGUCAAUGUCCCCUCCUUCUCCCAGCCAAAACUUACGUCUCCUACACAUGACCACGGACCCGAUGUCAACGUCUCAUUGCUUGGCAUGGAGCUUGUCAACAUGGAGACAAGGCGCAGAUAGACAAGGGCGAGCAUCCUUGGCGACUCUUUCUCUCAUUGUCACGUACGGAAACACAUCAGCAAACACUGCUUCUGGCAGUCAUGCCUACUGAAAAGGACGCGCAAGUCCGUGCCCGGCCGAUGGAUGGACGCACAUCAAGGCCGCAGGAAAAGGAAAUACAGACUUUCCAUAUAUGAGCCCAAUCGCUCCUGUUUCAUAGCCUGCACACCCUCACUCAUCCGCCUCUCUGUCAGCAACAAAGAUACCCGCUGCAAAUCAUAAAACCCACCACACCCGAGCGCCAAGAUGGCGUCCCAAUGGGAUCAGAGGGCACUCAGCCGAAGCGAUUCGCGGGCUUUACAAUACGACUCCAACGGCAGGGAGUCACACAUGAGCCACUACGUCGAUGCUCGUGCGACCAUGGACGAUCACGCUCACGAUCAUGAAGACUUGGAAUACGACCAUGACGACUCGGAAUCAUCAGUAAUCUCGGAGGAGCUCGACGACGACAUGGGCAUGGCCUCAGAGACGGAGGAGGGCUCUGAAAGCGGCGGCCAGACUCCAAUGACGGAGCGUGCCGCCCUUGAGCUCGACCUUGAUGAGGAGGAUCCUCAGCUGUACACAGCAUCCAGCGGGAGGGAUACGUCCUUGUCAGAUCAGCCCGUCGAUGAUGAUGAUGAGGAGGAGGAAGACGACGAAGAUGAAAUAUACUCGACCUCUGAUGACGACCCAUCAGAGGGAUCAUCCUCCUCUUCCACCGGCAAAGAAACUCCCGUGGACAUGAACGCCGUCUCCAUAAUGGAGAAGAGACUCUCUUCAGAAGGCUCGCAGACGCCAGAUCCAGACCAUUCGCGGGAUCUCGAGUCGGCCGUUGAGGGCCCGCCUGAGUGGAAACCCUCCAAAGAGUUCGUUCUGGCCUUCUCCGCCCUGUCGGUGAUCUCGCUCGGCGCGGCGUUUGACGCAACCAGUCUCUCUGUGGCCAUACCAACAAUCAGUGCCCACCUGGGCGGCACGGCGCUGCAGGCCUUUUGGUCGGGCACAUCAUUCCUGCUCGCCAGUACGGUGCUGCAGCCGACCGUUGCUGGGUUGAGUAACAUCUUUGGAAGGAAGAAUCUCAUCUACAUCACCCUAACCUUCUUCCUUGCUGGUUCUAUAGUAUCUGCCGUUGCGAAUAAUUUCAUGGUGCUGAUCACUGGGCGGACAAUUCAGGGUGUCGGCGGUGGUGGCUUGCUUGCUAUGACAGAGGUCAUCAUCACUGACCUGGUGCCCCUUCAUGCACGAGGGGCAUGGUUCUCCGUCCUCAGUGCUGUCUGGUCCGUAGGCACAGUUAUCGGCCCGCUGCUGGGUGCUGGCUUUGCGCAAAACGUCAACUGGCGGUGGAUCUUCUGGAUCAACCUGCCAAUCAUUGCCUGCUCUGGCAUCUUUGUCAUCCUGUUCCUGAACCAGGCGCCCAUCCCCGGCAACAUGAAGAAGAAGCUGGCCCAGUUCGAUUGGGGUGGCUCGUUGAUCUUUACAGCCAGCGCGACCUCGUUCCUGUUCGGAAUCACCACCGGCGGUGUGCAGUACCCGUGGGGCUCGUGGCACGUCCUCGUCUCCAUUAUAGUCGGCCUAGCUGGAAUCGUGCUCUUUGGGUUCUGGGAGGUCAAGGUGGCCAAGAAUCCCAUGAUCAGCAAGGGAAUCUUUAACAACUGGGACAUGAUUGUCAACUACAUCAUGACUGUCUUCCACGGUGCUAUUCUGUGGUCCAUCGUCUUUUUCUUGUUGCUAUACUACCAGGCUGUCAAGUUCUACACUCCGGUCAUCUCUGCCGUCGCCGCCCUCCCAGAGACACUCACUGUUGCCCCAGCAGGCAUAGUCGUUGGUCUCGUGGUCAUGUGGACAGGUCGCUACCGCUGGUCCAUCUGGAUUGGCUGGGCUCUCACAACUCUCGGCAGUGGUCUUCUCGUGCUACUCAUGCCCAAGACAUCGAUCGCGGGAUGGGUCUGGCUCAACAUUCCCGUCGGCGUCGGCACAGGCAUGCUCUUCCCGGCGAUGGCCCUGUCGAUCCAGGCCGCGUGCAAGCCGGCGCUCAACGGACAGGCGGCCGCCUUCUUCUCCUUCCUGCGCACUUUUGGCCAAGCUCUCGGCGUUGCCAUCUCAGGAUCUAUCUUUCAGAACGCCUUCAAGGCGCGGCUUCUCAAGACGCGCAACUACCACAACCUGGCCGACGAGUUCUCGCGGGACGCGACCAUCAUCGUCGAGAUCAUCCGGCUCAUGGACGACGGCCCCUUGCGCAGAGAGCUGGUUGAUGCCUACAACGGAGCCCUGCACAUGAUAUGGGUUGCGUGUAUCGCCUUUGGCGGCUUCUGCUUCCUGUUGAGUCUGACCAUCAAGGGCUACUCGCUCCAGCAGGAGCACGUCACCGAGCAGGGGCUCAUGGUCAACGGAAAGCCUGUUGUCUCGACGGGCAGGUCGGAGAAGGGGAAGAAUGCCGUUCCGAGGGAAGCAUGAGCGAGGUUGAUGUGCAUGAUUGGAGCGUAGUAGGGAGGAGCUGACGAUUGGGGGGGAUUCAUAAGUGCCUUGGUUGCACCAUUCGUAUCAUGGGCCUCAGGGCUUGGAUACGACAUUUUGCUUUUCUUUUCUCAUUGUUUGGGGGAAUAAGCAUAACCGGAGCGGUUUUUUUUUAUCUCAUAUGUUCCAUAGACAUAAGAUUAGUCACAUCCUUCUUGGAUAGGUAUUUGGGGAAGCUUGGCUGGGAGAUAUGACAUGCAAGUCAUGCCCAAAAAUGCCAUUGCUUGUAGAGAUAAAUGAGUCAUCAACAUCAUUC